AUGUGGCGUUUGGCUAAUUGCCUCUACCGUGCUUUUCGUAAUGUAACAAGUCAUCGUUGUCCGCAAGAUAUCAUCGCUCCGAUUGCAACGAUUUGUAAGAAAGAUGACGAAUCGAAACAAAAAGAGCAACUAAUACCUGCAAUUGAGCAUAAAUCUGAUAUUAAUCAGAUUAUAAAAACCAACAAAUUUUCAGCACAACAUUUCCAGAGACUAAUCGAGUAUGCCUAUAAAGUCGCAAUUCGAGAAUUGGUCGGUAAACCGUGCGUAUUCAAAGCAAUUACGCUUCCGAAAAUCGAGCGUGUUGUUCUACAAAACCAACCGUUACCUUCUCCACCUCCUGCAUCUGCGCCCGCACCCAAAGAAGAUCCUGUUGCUUCAUUGCUUCAAGCGGAUGAAGGUUAUAUGACCGCAGUCAAAGCUCUUGCUGAGUUAAACGAAGAAACAAUGGCGAACAUUCAAAAUGAAAUGGCUCUCGAUGCCAUCGAAUCUGGAAACGUCCAGCUAGGCAUCGAAGCUCUUCAAGCAAGUGCUAAAAGUGGUAAAAAUGCUGCAGCAUUGUACAACCUCGGUAUUUGUCACGAACGAGGUAUUGGUGUCGCAGCAGAUCGAGCUAAGGCGUGUGAUUAUUAUCGUCAAGCGGCUAUGUUAGGGCAUGCAAAUGCACAGUACAAUUUAACACUCCUCUCGAAUCAAAUUGAUGAUGACGACAGUGAAGAUGAAACAGUUGAGCAAACAACAAUAACAACGAAAUCUUCUGGUAUAUUUCGAUUUUCAUUCUCGAAAGAUUCUAAAGAAGAUUCAUUCCAAUCAUGGAAUGAUUAUUCGUUAAAUUUUACAAAAACACUGGCGUGCUUAUCAUAG